AUGAUACAUUGUCCAUGCCCUUUGUGUCGGUUCCGUUUUUUCCAAACUAGAGAGGAUGCCUACGAUCAUCUUCUGAUGAAACCCUUUCCCCCUAACUAUACUUUUUGGUUACAUCACGGUGAGAGGACCGUAGACGAGAGCUCCAAAGGUAGAGAAACUUUAGAACCCACUGGAAACUCAGGAAAUCAAAUGCUUGACAUGGUCCACGAGGCCUUCGACAUUCCGGGACUGCAGGGUGAUGAUGAAAACAUGAUGGAUGAAGUGGUCGGAGAUGGUGCGGAGGGGUUGCCGAACUUAUCUGACGAGCCUAGCUACGAGGCUCGUGCCUUUCACGAAUUGCUUGAGGAUGGCGAGCAGAGAUUAUAUCCAGGUUGCUCAAGAUUCUCGAAGCUGUCUUUCUUGGUGAGACUUUAUCAUAUAAAGUGCAUGUGCGGAGUUAGCAACAAGGCUUUCGGAUUGAUUCUGGAGCUAUUAGGGGAUGCCUUUGAGCAUGCAAGGAUUCCGAAGACCUUGCACGAUGCCAAGACGAUCAUAAGGAAGCUCGGUAUUGAGUAUAAGAAGAUAGAUGCAUGUCCAAAUGACUGCAUGCUAUAUACGGGUUCCGACCAUGACCGGUCCAGAUGCAAAAGGUGUGGAGCAUCCAGGUGGAAGCAAAAGACCAGGAAGAAUUCCAUCAUAAGGAUCAACACUGUUGUCAAGAAGAAUGGGAAACCUCAGGCGGCGAAAGUUCUUCGUUAUUUUCCUCUGAUUCCACGGUUGCAGAGAUUAUUCAUGUCUAGCAAGACGGCCAUGGACAUGUUGUGGCACAAGAGUGGAACCCACUCUGACGGUUACUUGAGGCAUCCCAGGGACGGCGAGGGUUGGAAAUCAUUUGACAGGAGAUACACUGACUUCUCUGGCGAUCCGCGCAAUGUUCGCCUAGCCAUGGCUAGUGAUGGCUUUAACCCUUAUGGAAACCUCAGUUCAAAGUACUCAAUAUGGCCAGUGAUUCUUAUUCCGUACAACCUACCCCCAUGGAUUUGCAUGAAACAAACCAACUUCAUUCUUUCUAUGAUUAUUCCUGGUCCUAAAAUGCCUGGUAAUGACAUAGAUGUCUACUUACAGCCCUUGAUCGAUGAGCUCAAGCAGCUGUGGGCCGGUGUCGAUACGUACGACGCCAGUGAGAAGAAAACAUUCAAGAUGCGAGCUGCACUGAUGUGGACUAUCAGCGAUUUCCCUGGCUUGGGCAAUUUAUCUGGCUGGAAUACUUACAGCGGGAGAGCUUGCCCCACGUGCAAUUUGGACGCCGAGACUAGGCGACUCACCUUCAGUCAGAAAUGGUGUUAUAUGGGUCAUCGUCGCUUUUUGAAUCGCGAUCACACAUAUAGACAGGAUCGGAGUAGAUUUGAUGGCAAGGUAGAGGAUAGAUCUCCACCUACCAAAUUGACUGGUAGGGAUGUCCUAAGACAAUUGGAGGGUGUUCCCGUCUCACAGGGCAAAGUGCAAGCGGUGGGCGGUAAAAGAAGGUGCGGACAGCAGACUAUGGUCCAAGACGAGUCUCCCUGGAAAAAGAGGAGUGUAUUCUUUGGUCUGCCGUACUGGGAGAACAAUGAAUUACGUCACAACCUUGACGUGAUGCACAUAGAGAAGAAUGUAUGCGACAACAUGUUUUCACCAUGUUGA